GAACAGGCAGAGAGACAGAGUACACAAGAGACAUACAGGUGACAGCUACAAGAAGAGGGAACGCAGAAAGCAAGAGAGACAAACCAGAGGUAACCAUGGAAAGAUUUCCUAUUACACCCCCAGGUUUGGAGUCUCUGGUUCAGGGCAGCCAGUUCUUGGUUAAUCAGACUCGUACCAGCAUCUUCCAGUCCCACUGUACCUAUGACCUGCUCAACGCUGAUGGGUUUCUCCUUUACCAUGGCGUGGAGGUACGGGAAUGCUGCGGCCCCCGGAUGGAAGUAAAAGUCUGCAACACCAAAGGUUACAAUGUCCUACACCUUCUUAUGCCUUCAGAGUGCUGCAGCUGUGAAAACAGACUGCAGGUCUCCGACUCCUCAGGGAUUCUCCUCGGCUACAUAGAGCAAAAGUGGACGAAUUUUACCAUCAUGGACUCAUUGCACCAAGUCUGUCUCACAGUAAAAAGUCCAGGAUGGGGGCAAGGUUUUAUGUCUGACGUCAAAUAUCAGGUGAUGUCAGCUGAUAAAUCGGUCUCAGUGGGAUUAAUUACACGCGUGUGGCGGGGAUUCAGGAAGGAAGUAUUGAGCUCCACCAAUAACUACGUUGUCCAAUUCCCGGAGGACCUGGACAUCACUAUGAAAGCCAUGCUACUGGCCUGCACCAUAUUCAUUGAUCUCCUUUAUCACGAGGAGAAAAGACGAGAAUCAGCUGCGGCAUCCAAUGCAGCAGCAACCACUGCGGCAACCACUAUGGCCCUCUGACUCAUGAUGAGGAAGAUCGUAAACAUUCUCUCCAACUACUGACCUUAUGCUUCCAAACACCUUGAGCGUAUUGUCUACAAUGGCCGUACUGCCUUUCUUUCCUCACACUCACUGCUUGACCCAUUUCAGUCUGGUUUCCGUCCUCUCCACUCCACUGAAACUGCCCGUACGGAAGUCUGCAAUGACCUCCUAUCUGCUAAAUCCAGAAAUCCAGGGGCUACUGCUCUCUGCUUAUUCUCCUUGACCUCUCAGCUGCUUUUGACAUUUGUGGACCACCCUCUCCUUCUGCAAAUCCUUCGUUCCAUUGGUCUGAGUGAUACUGCCCUCUCCUGGCUGUCCUCCUAAACCUCUCUGAAUGCCCAUUCUCUGGCUCCUCUCAUGACUCCACCUCUCCCGUACUUCUUCUAUCAGUAGCUGUCCCCCAAAGGUUCUGUUCUUGGUCCUCUUCUUUUCUCUCUCUAUAUGUCCUCACUAGGUAAGCUCACUAGCUCUUUUGACUUCCAAUGCCAUCUCUAUGCUGAUGACACUCAAAUCUACCAUUCCUCUCCAGACCUCUCCCCGGCUUUCCUCACAUGUAUCUCCAGCUAUCUCUCUGCUAUCUCUUCAUGGAUGAUGAACUUAACAUGUCUAAGACUUGAGCUGAUCAUCUCCCCCCCCCCCUCCCCCAGCAUAACCUUACUUCCCACCGUGUUACUAUAUAUUGAUGGUGUUACUACUGUAUCUCCUCUAGCCCCCAAGUGCGCUGUCUUGGAGUAAUCCUUGACUCCUCCCUCUCCUUCACACCACACAUUCAGCACCUCUCACAAACCUGCCGUUUCCAUCUCAAAUAUAUUACCAGGAUCAGACCCUUUCUGACCCAGGAUGCUACUAAGACCAUUAUCCACUCACUGGUCAUCUCCAGACUGGAUAACUGUAAUCUCCUCUUAACUGGCCUCCCUGACAAAUACCUCUCCCCACUCCAAUCUAUCCUCAAUGCUGCUGUCCGGCUCAUCUUCCUCUCCAAACGCACUACGUUCACCUCUCCUCUCCUACAAGCCCUGCACUGGUUCCCCUUCCCUUUCAGAAUCCAAUUCAAGCUUCUCACACUCACUUACAAAGCCCUCACCCACUCCUCUCCCAUCUACAUCUCUGACCUUAUCUCCCUUUAUACUCCCACCCGUCCUCUUCGCUCUGCUAAUGCACGCCGACUCUCCUGCCUACGGAUUACUUCCUCCCACUCCUACCUACAAUAUUGCCCAUGCUGCUCCCCACCUCUUAAUUCUCUACCUCUCCCCCUCAGCCGUCGUUCAUCCUAACCCUCUGUUACAUGCUCACUGUCUACCCCAUCCGUGACACCCCUGUUUUUCUCCUCCCCACCCGCUUCAGAAUGUAAGCUCUCAGAGCAGGGCCCUCUCCUCUCCUGUGCUUUUCCCUCUCUUAGACAAUUUUCUACUCCAUGCUCACUACAACGGCACAUGGCCCUCGGUUUCUGCCACCCUGAUGAUUAUGUCAGUGUCCUGUCCCCUGAUGCAGCAGUGUGUGUAUACCAUAUACUUGUCCUACAUUGUCUUGUACUGUAAGUCGCUGUUGUAUUGUUUGGCUCAUGUGUUUAUGUACUUUGUU